AUGUGUGAGAAUCUUAAUCCGGAUCGCAUAAGAUGCGAGCCAUGUCGCACAAUUAAUCUGGCGAAACACAUUAAACAACCGAAGCCCAAUAUGCAAGUGUACGACAAAUGCAGCCCUACGCAAAAGUUAGAUUGUCCGAGGGUCACAGAACUCCCUCUUCAUCCCACCUGCAUAAAAGUAUGCACUAGGGAAGAAUACGAAGCAAGGAGAUGUCCUGGAAAGUUCGAAAUACCAAAAAUUACCCACGUCUAUGCCCACGGAAAGUUAAUGUACGCUCUCAAAGCUGGUAUCCUAGUAGGAGCUGUCUACUUCACGUACACCCAAGGAGUAUGGGGAGACCAGCAAGAUGUGACAGAGUGUAUUCGUCGGUGGCAAGAGUACAUACGCAGCAUCAACACGAGACGUCCUCCCACCUUCGACCUCUGUGGAAACGUCAUAAGAAAAGAAUCAACUGAAAGUUUAGUUGCACCCCUUUACGCAAUGUACAAAUCAAUAGUAACUACAUGUUUUUCAGGCGUUGUAAAAGUGCCGCUAUUAAUAAAAUGUGCGUACUUGGAUUACCUGAAAGCUAUUGAAAAAAUGAAGGACGAAGAGGCUCGUGAAAGAAAAAUUCGAAAGAAAAGCGGAUAA